AUGGUUCCUGACUGGUUACAGCCACGAGUGCUGAGGGAGCUGGCUGAUGCUGUUGUGAGGCCGCUCUCGAUGGUCUUUGAACAGCCAUGGGGAUUAGGAGACGUUCCUGAAGACUGGAAGACAACAAAUACCACUCUUGUCUUCAAGAAGAGCAAGAAGAAAGAUCUGGGGAGCUACAGGCUGUCUAGCCUCACCUCAGUCCUUGGGAAGGGUGAUGGAAAAAAUCUUCCUGGAAAAUGUCCUUCCAAGCAUAUGAAGGACAAGAAGGUGAAUGGGUCAAGUCAUCAGGGAUUUACAAAGAGGCAGGCACACUUAAACAACCUGAUAGUCUUCUACAGUGAGAUGACUAGCUUGAUAGAUGAGGGGAGAAUGGCAGAUACAGUUUACUUCAACUUCUUCGACAUUGCCUUUGAUGUUGUCUCCUGUAACAUAAACAUGCUGACAAAGUAUGGGUUAGGUAAAUGGACAGUUAGUAACAGUUCUGGAGAGACAUUAGGAGCCGACAGUGACUUAAGUAGCAAUGCUGGUGAUGGCCCGAGUGCGGAAAACGGUGGCAAUUUGACAGGAUCCAGAGGCACUGUGUCAGACAGUGAAAUUGAGACAAACUCUGCUACUAGCUCUAUUUUUGCGAAGUCUCACAACCUGAAGCAGAGCGUGAAGGAUAGCAAAGGCAGUACUCCAGGGAGAGGUCCAGAGGAUGGAAACCAACGUGUCUAUCUCUAUGAAGGACUUUUGGGUAGGGAUAAAGGAUCUGUCUGGGACCAGUUAGAGGAUGCUGCAAUGGAAACCUUCUCUAUGAGCAAAGAGCGUUCAACUUUGUGGGACCAGAUGCAGUUCUGGGAAGAUGCUUUUUUGGAUGCUGUGAUGUUAGAGAGAGAAGGAAUGGGGAUGGACCAGGGACCUCAGGAGAUGAUUGACAGGUAUCUUUCCCUGGGAGAACAUGAUCGAAAGCGUUUGGAGGAUGAUGAGGACCGUUUGUUGGCUACACUGCUGCAUAAUAUGAUUGCUUAUAUGCUUAUGAUAAAGGUGAACAAGAAUGAUAUUAGGAAAAAGGUACGUCGUCUAAUGGGAAAAUCACAUAUUGGAUUGGUGCACAGUCAGCAGAUAAACGAUAUUCUAGACAAACUCGCCAAUCUGAAUGGACGGGAACUCCCAGUGAGACCCAGUGGCAGCCGUCAUAUCAAGAAGCAGACUUUUGUAGUACAUGCUGGGACAGACACAACAGGAGACAUAUUUUUCAUGGAGGUAUGUGAUGAUUGCAUCGUGCUGAGAAGCAACAUUGGAACUGUGUAUGAACGGUGGUGGUAUGAGAAACUCAUCAACAUGACCUACUGUCCCAAAACAAAAGUGCUAUGCCUCUGGCGGAGGAAUGGUCAGGAGACACAACUGAACAAGUUCUACACAAAGAAGUGUCGGGAAUUGUACUACUGUGUAAAAGAUAGUAUGGAGCGAGCAGCAGCAAGACAGCAAAGCAUUAAACCAGGACCUGAGUUGGGUGGUGAGUUCCCUGUGCAGGAUAUGAAAACUGGUGAAGGAGGUCUUCUUCAGGUCACACUGGAAGGAAUUAACUUGAAAUUUAUGCACAGUCAGGAGCGGAAGGUUUUCAUAGAGCUGAAUCACAUUAAAAAGUGCAAUACUGUGCGAGGAGUCUUUGUCCUGGAGGAAUUUGUUCCUGAAACUAAAGAAGUGGUGAGCCACAAGUACAAGACGCCAAUGGCUCAUGAGAUCUGCUACUCCGUGCUGUGUCUCUUCUCUUAUGUGGCUGCCGUUCGUGGAAAAGAGGCAGAAAACAAAAGCAAACCACCUCGACCAGUUUCCAGUUGAUCGUGAUAUUGGGAAAUACCUACUCUUUGGCACAUUGACGUGCAGUACUCCCAUUUUUACUGCAGUUCCUGGAGCUCACUUUACUGUCUUCUAUGAGAACUUGAUUAUUUAUGUAUGACCCUGCAAGUCUUUCCCCAUAGAAAAACCUAAGACUCAACUGCCCAGUCUCCUUCUGAAUUCAUCCUUAAUGGAGUUUUUAUAUGAGCUGUUAAUCAGACAGUUUUGAGCAUCAGCAUCCAGCUAUGAGUGACCUACUCUGGCCGUUCUUGGAAUUCCGUUUUUCUUAGGAUGACUAACAGCUUGAGUUGGGUUGUUUUUUUGUUUCUAGUGGUAUUUGUUACAGAUUAAUCACUUUACAACUGCAGGCUUCUGCUUUCAGAUUCUCUGGUAUGUGCACAGUGGAAGCAGUCUGGUCCUGUAUGUUGUUUAAAUGUUGUGUUUUUAUUGUUUUCCUUCUGUGUUGUUCGUUUUUACCCACCCACAUGAAGUUCUUGUCACAUAGUUCUUCAGAUCCUUUUGGUAGAGAUGAACAAUUUAGCUACCAUAGUCUUAAAAUACCAUGUGACAAUUGAAGUUUGGCUAUUAAAUUGAUCCAUCUAAGUGGAGAGAGAAACUUUGAAGGCAAUAUAUUGUGAAACACCCUGACACCUCAUGGAUCGUGUGGAUUUUC